AUGGAGGACAUGAAUUUGAGUCAGUAUUUGGCAAUAGUGAAUCAUGGAAGCAAUGACUACAUAAACAACUAUCUAUUGUCAGGACUAUAUUCAUCGAGCUUCCUCUACGACCCAAAAACAUAUGCUGAUAUACUCAUACAGCAAUACAAAACGAUUAGAAAGGACCCAAUCGAACGUGCUACUAUUCUGCAGAGUCUGCAUUAUUUGGGGCUGAGAAAGUUCUUGCUGGCAGGAGUUGGACCACUCGGUUGCAUACCGAAUCAAAUAUCCAGAGGCCUUUUCCCAUCAGGAGUGUGCGUGGAUAGAUUGAGAUCCUUGGUUGAUGAACUGAACACACAAUACAGUGGUUCAUCAAUUUUUGUUUAUGGCAACACUUAUGCAGCUCUCAUGCAGAUUAUACAAAACCCAAUUGCUUAUGGUAGGAAAUGUCCUUAA